UUUACGCACAUGUAAAAGUCAGUGCUGCGGCAUUAAACCAGUUACCUUACGUCAUACUGAUAACGUACUUGGUAUCAUAUGUAACUGAACUAGACAGUUUCAUAUUUUGUGCAGAGACUUCUCUCUCGUUUUCUAUUCCAUCUUACAGCAUUACUUUCCUUGGCAUAAAAUAAUAAGAUUGUUACUAUAAAUACUUUCAAGCGACAUAAAAAAAAUGCCUCUGCAAAUAACACGAAAAUUAGCUUCAAAAUGGACUCCAACUACAAUGGUGGCUUAUGGAACUAGCGCAUGGUUAGCACUGUUGUACUUCACGGACUGGAAAGCAGUGGUAGGAUAUAUUCCAUUCUAUGGCAGCAAGUUUCAAGAACAAGAAUAGAUUGCAAGAUCACUCAAUAAAAUCAUGUAACAGUUUUAUUGGAACGAUAGAGUUCUAUUGUACCAUGCUAUAUUUAUAUGUAAUCUGUUUAUUUGAAAUAUAAGAUAUUAAUAAAAAAAAAUUAUGUAAAAUU